AUGGCGAUCAGACCAAACUCAAUGCUUUUCAUUGUUUCCUUUUUAAUCUUCAUCGUAUCUUCACACUCUCAGCAGCUAACUACCAGUUACUACCAGAGAACGUGCCCUAGAUUUGAUCAGAUAAUGCAGGAUACCACCACCAACAAGCAGAUCAACUCCCCAACCACCGCCGCCGCCGCUCUCCGCCUCUUCUUCCAUGACUGUCUAGUCGAAGGCUGCGACGCUUCCGUCCUUAUCUCCUCCACAAACUUCAACAAAGCCGAACGUGACGCCGACAUCAACCUCUCCCUUCCUGGCGACGGAUUCGACGUCGUCGUUAGGGCUAAAACCGCACUCGAACUCGCCUGCCCUGGCGUCGUCUCCUGCGCCGAUAUCCUCGCCGUCGCCACUCGGAAUCUCGUCACCAUGAUGGGCGGACCUUUCUAUAAUGUGAAACUAGGUCGUAGAGAUGGAUUGGUCUCGAGAGCUUCACGAGUCGAAGGCAAUCUCCCUCGACCUACCAUGGCCAUGGAUCAACUCAUCGAUAUCUUCACUUCCAGAGGUUUUUCAGUUCAGGAAAUGGUCGCAUUAUCCGGCGCUCACACCAUCGGAUUAAGCCAUUGCAAGGAAUUCAGCUCAGAGAUCUACAAUUACAGCAGAACAUCUGAAUUCGAUCCGUCGUUCAAUCGUAGAUACGCCGAGGGUUUACGAUCUGCUUGUGUAGAUUACCACAAGAACCCCUCCCUAUCGGUAUUCAACGACGUCAUGACCCCAAGGAACUUCGAUAAUGCGUAUUACCAAAACUUGCCGAGAGGACUUGGAGUGUUGAAAUCGGACAGGGCGUUGGUAAUGGAUCAGAGAACAAAGCCGUAUGUGGAGUUGUACGCUAAGGACCAAAAGGCCUUCUUUGAUGCAUUUGGUCGAGCAAUGGAGAAGCUCAGUUUGUAUGGUGUGAAGAGUGGCCGGAGAGGAGAGAUCCGGCGCCGGUGCGAUUCCUUCAAUUAGGUCAGAUUUUGGGGUUGAUGUCCAAGAUAAUGUUCCUUAAAUUCUCUCGAAUUUGUUAUUUUUUGAAGGAAGAACCUCAUAUAAUUUGUAUACUUGUAUCUUUAUCUUCGAUAAUUAAACAAUAAGAUUUUCAACUUAUGUAGCUUUGUCAAUUUGAUUCAUGUCUUUUGAUCUAUCAUCCAUAGUGAUAUAUUAUCCAAUUCGACUUCUGAU